AUAGCUGUUUGCAAGCAGGAGAGACGAGUUGGAAGAAUCCAGAGAAAAUCAUCAUGUCGCUCCCCCUCGAGAUGCUCAGUCUUCACAAGACGGUUAGAAAGCACUAUCUGUCGCUCCCAAAAGGUGAAGAGUGCCAGGUCACAUAUGUUUGGGUCAAUGAGGAUCGAGAAAAUCUACAGUCUAAAACCAGGACUCUUUACAAUGAUCCAGCAGGAAUCAGAGAUAUACCUGAAUGGUACGCGACUGCAGCUGAUCAUACCGAAGUCACUUUGGUCCCGGUCCGAAUGUUUCGAGAUCCUUUCACACUGGACCCUGACAAACUCGUGCUGUGUGAACUGGUAAAAAGCAAGGACCUCCCCACAGGAAAUAAUCAGCGUUCACAGUGUGUUACCAUCAUGGACGAGGUGAAACAGUUUCAGCCCUUGUUUGGAAUGGAGCAGGAGUACAUCCUUUUUGGUUUGGACGGAAAGCACCUUGGUUGGUCCCCUGAUGGACACCAGCUCCAAGAAGUGUGUGGUAAUGCCGUUGGUGCUAACAAACUGUGUGGAAGAGAUAUAUCCAUGAGUCACUACAGAGCCUGCCUGUAUGCUGGUGUAAAGAUCUUUGGCUCCAACGCAGAAGAACUAUACUCCCAGUGGGAGUUUCAGGUUGGCACUUGCGAGGGGAUUGAAAUGGGGGAUCAUCUGUGGAUGGCCCGUUACAUUCUGCACCGAGUCUGUGAAGAUUUUGAGGUUGUUGCCUCCUUGGACAGUAAACCCAUUAAGGAAAGCACUUUUUCAUCAGGCUGUCACGUCAACUUCAGCACCAAGGAGAUGAGGAGUGAAGGGGGACUUCAGUACAUUGAGGAAGCGAUCAGAAAACUGAGCAAGCGUCAUUCUCUGCACCUCACUGUCUACGAUGCACAUGGUGGUGCUGACAACAUACACCGCCUCACAGGGCUUAACCAAGAGGCAACAUCCCAGGCUGAGUGAUGAGGCCAAUACGGAAGUGCAAGAAGCUGCAGUUCACUGGGUGGCCCCGGGAGGCUGGCUCCAAGAAGGAGUCAAUUCCCAUCGACUCCCAUGUUAAAAAGCUUGACUUUAGAGCAGAUUUAAAACUGUUUACAGCCUUGUUCAAAAAACGGUUGACAACUCUGAGAGGGGUGAAUUUUUUCGUAACUCACUCGUUUAAAUUAUACCUUGAGGACAGACGUCCUGCUGCCAACUGCGACCCAUACCCCGUGAUGAGAGCCCUGGUGGAAAAACCUGUCUGCUGGGAAUCACUGAGGAAGAUGAUGAUGAGAUGAAGGAGAUGGCUUCCUGAAAGAGGAGAAAAUGCAGUCAAGGUCUCCAUAGAGUGCAUUAAUGUAUUACACACUUUGUGUGCAUGUUUAAGUGCUAUUAUGACAUUUUAAAGAAAGCUGACACAUUUGCAAGUUCAUGUGGAGAAACUGUGUGUGGCAUGAUUGUUAGAGAAAGUAAAGAAAUCAAAUAAAGACAUCAAGUUUGUUUUCCUUAAAACACAGGUUACAAAGAAGCUUUUGCCAUUUAAUAAUUUGGCUGAACCAACAUUUCAAUGAAUAUAAUCCAUUUAGGAUUUGUUGCAUGAUUAAUGCUUUUUUUCUUGA